CGUAAUUCUCUUCCUACGACAGAUGCUCUGUCUCAGUCUCUUUGUUUCUAUAAUUCAUCCUCCUUUCUUUCUUCGAAGCUACUUCUCUUGCUUUCCUGUUUGAUCCCUUAAUCGAAGAUUAGAUCCUGAAAUUGAGGUGUGUGAGAGAAAGAGAGAGAGAGAACAGAGUAAUAAUGGCAAACAGAGAUGUGGAGACAGGAGAGAAGCAGAACAGAGGAACCAACAGCAACAACAACUAUUUCUAUGACGAAAGCUCCAUAGAAACUCAUUGGACUUCUUGGCUGGUUCCGGCCAUCGUUGUGGCGAAUCUCGCUGUCUUUAUCGCCGUUAUGUUCGUUAACGAUUGUCCUAAGAAGAUCAACGGACCAAACAAAGCUUGCGUCGCUAGAUUCCUCGGAAGAUUCUCUUUUCAGCCACUUAGAGAGAAUCCUCUCUUUGGCCCAUCUUCCUCCACAUUGGAGAAAAUGGGAGCAAUGGAAUGGAGGAAAGUAGUACAUGAGCAUCAAGGAUGGAGACUCAUCACUUGUAUGUGGCUACACGCUGGUAUCAUUCAUCUUCUUACCAAUAUGUUGAGUUUGAUCUUCAUCGGUAUCCGCCUUGAGCAGCAAUUUGGCUUCAUAAGAGUUGGACUUAUCUACUUAAUCUCUGGUCUCGGUGGAAGCAUACUCUCGUCUCUUUUCCUUCAAGAAAGUAUCUCUGUUGGUGCCUCGGGUGCUCUCUUUGGACUUCUUGGAGCUAUGUUAUCUGAACUUCUCACUAAUUGGACUAUGUAUGCCAACAAGGCGGCUGCUCUCUUCACACUCCUAUUCAUCAUAGCAAUCAACUUAGGACUAGGCCUGCUUCCUCGUGUUGACAAUUUCGCACAUAUUGGAGGGUUUAUUACCGGGUUUUGCCUCGGGUUUAUCCUCCUUGUCCGGCCACAGUACGGUUGGGAACGUUCCCGCACCAACGCUUCCCUUACCAGACGCAAGUAUAGCAUGUACCAGUACGUGCUGUUCAUAGUCGCAGCGGUUGUACUUGUGGUUGGGUUAACUGUUGGAUCAGUGAUGCUUUUCAAAGGAGAGAAUGGGAACAAACAUUGCAAAUGGUGUCAUCGCCUUAGCUGUUUCCCUACUUCUAAAUGGACAUGUUAAUCAUCAUCGUCAUACUUUAAAAAGCUUCUUAUAUGUGUUCUUGUGACUUAUAAUCUCUUUGUUCCUUUUUGCCUUUUGACCUCUCUACCUUUUUAUAACAUACAUGUACAUUACUAAAUUUGUCUUGUGUAAAAAGACUGUUUUACAUUUGAAAAUCAUUACUCUUAAAAUAAAUGAAAGGUAUUGUUUG